CCCCCCCCCUAAUCCCCUAAUAAGCAACUGCGCCGCAGAACUCUCACCACAGCAUCGGGAUUGCUCUUCCCUCGGCCAAUCGGACUCCCUCGGAAUCAUCCCAGGUGGGUGCAGGGACCACCCCUUAUCGUCUUGGAUUUCUCACCCAGAAUUUCUCGCGACGCCAAUUUGCCCCCUAUCAAACGUUUUGGUUCUCGCUCUGGCGCGUGUCGUGUCACAUAGACCACUUACAUCCACUCGUCACCUGGGCUGCCUGGGUCGCGUCGACCAUAUAUACUAGGAAGAAGGACCACAUAAUAUCGUCCCGUGCCACCUUUACAUUCACCUUGUAAAGCACUGCUUUGUAACAUCAUGACCACUGCAACCACGAUUCGCGUCGCGGUCACGCAGCAAGAGCCGGUCUGGCUGAACCUCGAUGCCACUGUCGACAAGACGUGUCGCUUGAUCGCCGAGGCCGCCAGAAACGGUGCGCAGCUCAUCACCUUUCCCGAAUGCUGGAUCCCCGGAUAUCCCGCCUGGAUAUGGUGCCGCCCGGUUGACACGCGUCUGUUCACGACGUACUUCAAAAACUCGCUCUCGUAUAAUUCCGAGCACAUGCGUAGGCUCUGCCGCGCUGCCGCGCAGUACAGGAUCACCGUGGUCCUCGGUCUCUCGGAGCGCGACGGCAAUUCUCUGUACAUCGGUCAGUGCACGAUUGACUCGACAGGCAAGAUCGUCAUGCGCCGGCGCAAGGUCAAGGCCACCCAUAUGGAGCGCACCGUGUUUGGGGAAGCAUCUGGGAGCAGCUUGUUGAAUGUUGUUGACCUGCCCAUUGGCAAAGUGGGCGCGCUCACGUGCUGGGAGCAUAUCCAGCCGCUGCUCAAGUAUCACACCAUGAUCCAGGGAGAGGAGAUCCAUGUGUCCACAUGGCCACCCCUGCAUCCGCACUUCGGGGGUGAAUCGCUGUGGGGCAUGUCUGCCGAAGGUGGACUGGGCGCAUCGCAGGUGUUUGCUCUCGAAUCAGCGGCCUUUGUUCUGCACACGACGGCCGUGCUAGGCCCCAAGUGCGCCGAGGUGAUGAAGUUGACUGCGCCUUGGGACAUCGUCGGGGGAGGUUCGUCGGCCAUCAUCGGCCCGGAUGGACGCCGGUUGACGGAGCCGUUGCCGCCCACAGAAGAGGGCAUUAUCUAUGCGGACCUGGAUCAAGAUGCGAUUGUGUCAUGCCGGCACUUUGUCGAUGCCUGUGGGCACUACAGCCGGCCUGAUUUGCUGUGGCUGGGGGUGGACACUCAGGAGAAAACACACCACCGUCCAACCGAAGGGAGGGCCGAGAGUGUUGCGAGGGGUCGGGACUUCCGGUCGGAAGCUGUCGAUGAAAGGCCUUGGGAGGUUAUUGAGUGAGAUCUGGUUGUGUUGCUACUAUCGACUGUGGAUGCUUUCUGCGGAUGCACCUUUUUCAGGUUGCAUCACUGCUUGUAAUCUUAUCAUGGAAAUUCAUGUAUAUAAUCUUCUUCAUUCGGGGUCUAAACCUCCGAGAUAUACCAAUUUUCUGCCAUGCUCACGGUUGUUUGAAGGCAGGUUCA